AUUUGGGCCGUGGCUACCCGAACCCAGCCGGCCUGCCUACCCCAUACUUAACUCACACGCGCACGUUCGCCUCCAAAACCCUAACACCCUCGCCGCCGCCGACCCAUUCGCCGCCGCCGCCGCCGCCGGAAAACCAUGGGUAUCGACCUCGUCGCCGGCGGCCGGAACAAGAAGACCAAGCGCACGGCGCCCAGGUCCGAGGAUGUCUACCUCAAGCUCAUCGUCAAGCUCUACCGCUUCCUGGUGCGGAGGACCAAGAGCCACUUCAACGCCGUGAUCCUGAAGCGGCUCUUCAUGAGCAAGACCAACCGCCCGCCGCUCUCGAUGCGCCGUCUCGUCAGGUUCAUGGAGGGGAAGGUACCUGAUCGCCAUGCCAUUUCGGGGGACCAGAUCGCCGUGAUCGUGGGCACCGUCACAGAUGACAAGAGGAUCUAUGAGGUGCCGGCGAUGAAGGUGGCUGCUCUCAGGUUCACCGAGACCGCGAGAGCACGGAUCAUCAAUGCCGGUGGCGAGUGCCUCACGUUCGACCAGCUCGCUCUCCGCGCCCCGCUUGGCCAGAACACGGUCCUCCUGAGGGGUCCCAAGAACGCUAGGGAAGCUGUUAAGCACUUUGGCCCUGCUCCAGGAGUUCCCCACAGCAACACUAAGCCAUAUGUUCGCUCAAAGGGAAGGAAAUUUGAGAAGGCAAGAGGAAGAAGGAACAGCAAGGGCUUCAAGGUAUAAGUUGUGGCAGCUUUGGCACCAUUACACCAAACUGCUCAUAUCAGUUAGACAUCACUGUUUUGGAUGCCAGACUUGCACUGUUGUUUUGGAUGCUAGACUUACACUGUUUUAGAUGUCAAAAUAUUGUGUUACUGACUUCACAGGAACAAUUAAAUUGUUUACCUCCUUUGCACUUCAAGAUAUUUGUUUGGCGUCUCGCAUUAUGAAUAUAAUCUCCUUUAUUUA